UUUUCGUAGUAGUAGGUAUUCGUGAUUGUAUUACAAACAGCAACGAAUGUGUUAUAAUUUUAAUAUUUUUAAACCGUAUUAUUCAAACUAUUAUUAAAUUAAAUUUAAUACACCUAGUUUAAUUAUUAUGUGAAGUUCGAGCUAUUUCCAGUGAUACCGAUAAUGAUUCGUGAGUGACCGCAUUACCAGUGAAUAUUUUAUCAGUUCAAAUUCGUCGUUGCUUAUAAUGAGUAUGUUCUCGUGCACUCGUUACUAAAUAAUGAUUUGUUUUGAUGUUUUAUUAAUUCGCGAAUGAAAGUGUCGUUUUAAAGUGUAAAUAAAUAUCGAAAUACUCAUCGUUUACAGCCACACUCCGCUGUAAACAAAAUCAGAAUGGUUGAAAAUGUUACGUUGAGCGGUGAUUCUGAUUGACUUGGGAACGGUAUAAACUGUAUUUUGCAAUGUUGUAGAUUCCGUUGUGUUGAGCGCCGGAAAAUGAAAAUGGGGAUCGAGGAGCUGGAUAAGGGCAUUUGUACCAUAACGUACAGACUUUUCGUCGCUGUCAAGGUGGUAAUCAGGGUGAUAUUCGUCUUAUUGAAUAAUGUCUACUGUAUACCAACGUAUUGCGUAUGGAUGCUCAUGCUGUUACCGUUACGUAAGCUGUAUCCACCGCUGUAUUGGAAAAUGGAAGGCUUGUUUUUCCACUGGCUGUUAGCGAUGGUGACGAUGUGGAGUUGGACGGCCGGAUAUGAUCUUGUGGAAGUCGGCGACGAUAUCAGAGUCUGUUUAGACGAUCGAACAUUGGUGGUCGUGAACCAUCAGUCGACCAGUGAUGUACCCAUGUUGAUGGCCAAUUUCAACGCUCGACGGAACGUAUUACCAAACAUCAUGUGGAUUAUGGAUUGGAUAUUUAAAUUAACGAAUUUCGGUAUCGUCUCGAUCAUUCAUCAAGAUUUCUUCAUUUUAUCGGGUAAGAAACAACGCGAUAAAGGAGUCAAAGAGCUAAGGGCGCAUCUCAGAGAAAGCUACAUACCGAGGAAAAGGAAACUCAUGGUGUUAUUCCCAGAAGGCGGAUUUUUACGGAAAAGACGUGAAACGAGUCAAAAGUACGCGAUGAAAAAUAAUUUACCAGUGUUGAAUUACGUGACGUUACCUCGUCUUGGAGCAUUUCACGCGAUUAUCGACGAAUUAACGCCGUUACCGGUUACGAAAUACGGUUCCGGUAAAGAGGAAACCAAUACGUAUGAAGAUUCGGCUCUGGUUUCGUUACUUACAGAAGAUAAAAGCGCCGAUAAACUGAGUUGGGUUUUGGAUAUAACGAUCGCUUAUCCUGGUGGCGUACCUUUGGAUUUACCUACCAUUAUCAUGGGUUACAGAAGAGCCUGCAAAACGUACUUAUGUUAUAGAUUAUAUCCGGCUUCACAGGUACCUCGUGAUCACGAAACCAUGACUAAAUGGCUGUUUGAUCGAUGGGCAGAAAAGGAAAGAAUGCUAGAGACGUUCUAUCAAACCGGAGAAUUCCCUUAUCAAAUGUACUGCUCGUCUGAAAAACCUCUGGGACCUCAAUUAGUUCAUCAAGAUUUUUUAAGAUUUUUCAUACUGCAUGUAUUUUUCAUCGCAUCAUCGUGCGCACAUUACUGGAUAUUCGUGCAGUUAUGGUCAUUGAUAUAAAAUUUUAAAGAUACCAGCGAGUAUAUAAAUGAAAUAACGCAAAUUUUGGCGUUCAGCCGAAGCGCUACACCACAUAGGUUGGUUGAAUUUAAAACAUCGAUGUUACGUGUUAACGAUAGAACGAGAUUUUAUACGUGUAUUUUUCACUUAUAAAAAAAAGAUCCAGCUUCGUUUGUUUUUGGAGAGUAACUUUCACUAAUUGGAAAAUGUUUUCCUCGUGAAAUGUGAAUAGUCGUAAUUGUGAUUAUCGCUUAGAUAUUUUUAAAAACAUUUGCAUUACAGUUCCUUAUCAAUUAUUAUUGUAAAAAGAAACUAUUUUAAUAAUUGAGUUUUUUUUUCAAUUCUUUUUUUUUCAUUAUUCAUUUUUUUUUCAAAUUGUAAAUAAAGUUUUGUAUAUAAUUAAGAUGUAUGUACUUAGAGUCUUAGGUUUUCAUAUUAUCGUGUUUCUCCUUCGUAAUACUUAAAAGUUGUCCGGAUUGAAUGGGCGUGAUGAAUAUUAAUACUGCCCAUAGAAAGUACCACGACUUCACAGUGGAUCAUUGAUCUCAUUUUUUAUAGUUGACAUUUGGCCAAGUAGCCAAAGUGGAUGACUAUUUUAAAGAGGAUUGAUUCUUGAUAACGGAUUUCGUUUUUAAAACUAUUUUUAAAUAAUCAUUUUCUUUUUUUUGUUGUUUUAUGACUGCGAUUUUUUUUUCGUUUAUUUUUCUUUUUUUUACUUAGUUUAAUCGGUUACCUUUUACGAUUUUCAACUCUCUAAUUCUUAUUUAAUUGUAUCGAACGAUUUGUUAUCGCGAUGGAUGUCGAAUUAUUAUGGUAAAUUUUAUUUUAAUAAAUGUAUGAUUAUUUUAAAGAAUAUAUUUCCACAUUUUGAAAAUA